AUGGGUUGGACGGAUAUUAAUAUUUUAACCAAAGGAAAAGGCGAUGAUGCUUCGUGCGAAUCAUAUACUUCUUCUGGUAUAACGCCGGAUCAAAUCGAAACUGGCGAGGGGAAGAACCAUAACGCUUCUCUUUAUGAUCCGAAAACUGGUGUCAAAAGAGCCCUCAAAGAUAGACACAUAUCGCUAUUGGCUCUCGGUGGUAUCAUAGGACCUGGUUGUCUUGUUGGAGCAGGUAAUGCUCUCGCGAAAGGUGGACCUCUAGCGCUUUUGCUUGGCUUUAGCAUCAUCGGUAUUAUAGCUUUCACAAUUAUGGAAUCCAUAGGUGAAAUGAUUACCUUGUAUCCAUCGGGUGGUGGAUUUACUACUCUUGCGAGAAGGUUUCAUAGCGAUAGUUUGUCUGCCGUUUGCGGAUAUGCAUAUAUCGUUGUUUUUUUUGCAGUGAUGGCCAAUGAGUAUAAUACACUUUCCUCUAUUUUUCAGUUCUGGGGACCUCAAGUUCCACUAUACGGUUAUAUUCUAAUUUUUUGGGCGGCAUUUCAGGCUUUUCAGAUGGCUGGUGUUGGCGCUUUUGGGGAAAUAGAAUAUUGGCUUUCGUGGUUCAAAAUAUUAGGUUUGGUGGCUUUCUACAUAUUCUCCACCAUUUAUAUUUCCGGCGGUAUCAAAGAUAGACCAGCAUUUGGAUUUCACUAUUGGAAUAACCCGGGUGCGUUAUCCCAUGGAUUCAAGGGAAUUGCAGAGGUUUUUGUAUUUUGUUCGACUUUUUACUCAGGAACUGAAUCUGUGGCUUACUCAGCCAGUGAGUCCAAAAAUCCAAAUAGAGCCAUUCCUCUGGCCAUUAGACAAACUUUCUGGAGAAUCUUGGUGGUUUACAUUGGUAUAGGUUUUUUUUACGGUGUAACAGUUCCGUACAAUGAUCAUAAUCUUAACGCCGGCACGAAAGCUCUAAAGUCCCCAAUUUCAAUUGCUAUUACUAGAGCAGGUUGGGAAGGUGGUACGCACCUGGUUAAUGCAUUCAUUCUGGUAACUUGUAUAUCUGCUAUCAAUGGGUCACUUUUCAUCGGAAGCAGAACCAUUACGAAUCUAGCGCAUGAAGGUUUGGCGCCAAAAUUCUUAGCAUGGACUGAUAGAAGAGGUGUUCCUAUCCCAGCAAUCACCUUGUUCAAUGCUUUGGGUUUAGUAUCGCUGAUGAAUGUUAGUGUGGGGGCAUCAACUGCUUAUUCAUAUAUCGUGAACCUUUCCGGUGUUGGUGUAUUUAUUGUGUGGGGUACUAUUGGGUUGACGCAUUUAAGAUUUAGAAAAGCGUGGAUUAAACAGGGAAGAACGGUCAAGGAACUUCCGUAUAAGGCAUUAUUCUACCCAUACACACAAAUUAUCGGUAUAGCUGCCAAUAUUUUCCUUGCUUUGAUCCAGGGGUGGACUUCGUUUGUUCCAUUUAAAGCCGGUGACUUUGUGGAUGCGUAUGUGUUAUUACCUGCUGCCGCCGUUCUGUACAUCGGGAUAUCCCUAUUAAAAACCCACAGUUUCAAAACCGUUGACCUACUCACUAUAGACUUGGAUGAAGGCAGAAGAGUAGAUUUGGAUGCAACCUUUGUGGAUGAAGAUGAAGAUGAAUUAGACGGGGAGCAGGAUACAAAUGGUGAAAAAUUCUCCAAGGGUAAAAGUUACAGAGAGAAAAUUACCAGAUUUUUUGCCUGA